GUUAAGGGCUUCCUCUGUUGAUCAUCGGCGUGUGUGUACGUUUUGUUUAUAAACCUCUCUUGUUGUUAAUAUACCUUUUAAUUCAUUAUUUGUUUCGUGCUGCUGAGAGCGGAGGAGAACAUGCCUUUCCUUCACGGGUUUCGACGCAUUAUUUAUGAGUAUCAGCCGCUGGUGGACGCUGUGAUGUGUGUCGUCGGACUGGAGGAGAGGGGUGCUGCUGCUCACGUGGACAGGGGCCAGAGCCCUGAUGAAGAAGCUGGUCUUCGUAAGUCGCUAGCAGAGCUUUUGGAGCGGGAGUCCCAGUCAGAAGUGUUCCAGGAAGGCAUCAGCUACGCCCUGUUCAAGGUGGCAGAACGAGGACUGGUGUACGCAGCUGAAACCCUCCUGCGCUAUGGAGCUGAUCUAAACUUUGAAGACCCCGUGUCUUACUACAAUCCGUUACAUAUCGCCGUUUUGAGGAACAGGCCGAGCAUGGUGAAGAUGCUUGUUGGCCACGGAGCCGACAUUGAAAAGCGAGACCGGAUCCAUGAGAGCAGUCCUCUGGAUCUUGCCGGUGAGGAAUCAGAACGGCUCCCCUGCCUGCUCACCCUGCUGGACCUGGGUGCUGAUGUGAAUGCAAGAGAUAAACAUGGAAAAACACCUUUACUCCACGCCUUGGCGAGCAGCGAUGGACUCACCGUGCACAACACAGAGAACAUCCAGCAUCUACUUGAGAGAGGUGCUGAUGUAAACGCUUCGACCGUAGACGGUGAAACAGUGAAGUCCUCGUUGGUGUUUCUGGUGAAGGAGGCUCUGGAUGCCAGUGUGGAGGACGCCGCUGAGAUUGGUAACUUCUGCUUGAAAGCCACGCGGCUGCUGUUGGCUCACGGCCUGGACCCCAGCUGCUGUAUGAAUGAGGAUGGCGAGCCCUCGCUGACACAGACCAGCCUGGAGCACUUUGACCUGUUCUUCCCUCUGGCUGUGCUCUUGAUCCAAAGCGGAGCUUCUCUGGUUUGCUCCUAUCACGGCGACUCGUGUUGGUCCGGUUACAGCCUCCUUUUGCAGCGGCUCCACACUUCCCUGCAGCAGUGCUCGGAUCAAAGUCAGGCCUCCGAGCUCCUGGCGCAAGCCGAGGUGUUACUCGACUUAGCAAUGGUUGACGUUCCCCUGCUGCAACUGUCUCCACAGCUGGAGCUCCCUGCACCUGGUCAGGACCCCCAUCCCUAUGCUCAGGCUCUGGUGGAUCUGCACAACCGCACUGUACAGCGAGACGCCAACCCUCCUGCUCUGCGAUGUCUCUGUAGGGCGUUCAUAAGGAGCCACCUUCAGCCUUGGCCCCUUGAAGACAGAGUGAAACUUUUACCAUUACCGGACAGAAUGAAAGACUUUCUUCUUCCUGAGAACUCGUAUACCCCAAAGCCUGGCUGGGAACACUUCAAGCCCAAACAAACCCAGCAGUGACCACGUCAGUUUUUGCUCCACCUAAAAUCUUUAUCUAAAAAACUGAAAAGGCCUGAAAUAAAUUGUGCAGAUGCCUGAGCAUUUGUCCUCAAAUGAACAUGAAAUGAGGAAGCCAUUGAGGCCUUUGUUAAAUUUGUUUCGUGUACAGUCUGUGCCAAAUGAACAAACGUUUGUAUGUUUACAGAUUGAACUGUGACGACUGCUGUACUUAGGACUGAAACGUGUGAAGAAAACUGCAAUACAAAAUGAAAUCCACCUGAUGGCAGUGUUGCUCCUGUGUAUCAAAAAGCUGCUCAGAUUGUCAGGGUCAAAGAUUUCCUUCUUCAUUCACAGUGCAGCCUGUUACUGCUGUUCCAGCACAGGAGACAACAUCUAUAUUUUAUCUCCUCAACAUGACGGCGCUGUACUGUUGAAGUUGUGUGUCUUCUCGCUUAUCAUGAAGGUGGACGAUUAAAACUGUUGUGUGUCUCAA